UCGGUGGUGUUUAAUUUGAUUUUCGAUGUCAGCUCUAUAGAAUUCGGUGCCGCUCAUGCUUUCAGAAUUGUGCUUUCGUUUGAUGCCGGUGCUCUGAAUGUGAUAUUUCUUCAAUACGUCAAUGCAGUAGUACACGCAUCACAUCGAGAAAUGUCCUCUGAAUGUUUUCUCUGUGGUCAAGAAGUAAAUCGUCUUUACGAUCACCUAUUUGGACGCCAUGAUUACACGAAGGAGCAAUUGGAGAAGCUCAAAAGGACCAAAGCGGAAAUGAGAAAACGAGGAAAUGCCGAUGAGAAUAGUAAUAUAUAUAGCUGUGAAAACUGUGAGAAGGAUUACUCCAAAAGAGAUUCAUUUCUGAAACAUCAACGGCGCUGUAUACAGCAAGGGACCAAUGAGCCAGAGCGUGGGAGCGUCGAGUGUCCAGAAUGCGGUCACAUUAGCUAUCAGCAAGCGCCACAAUUUGUUCCCUGGACGGCGCCAUGCAAACGAUUUGAUUUCUUUGGAAAACGUGUUAAGGAGAAUAACGCUAGCGACGGUCUGCUUUUUUAUGCUCCUAGUCAAGACGAUACAAGCGACGGCUUCUGUCUAGUUAUAAUAAACGAAUUGCAACGGAAAUGGCUCGCAGAAUUCUCGCGAAAAGGCAUCGGAAACAAUGAUGCCUUCAACGUGACUAUGUACAAGCUCAGACUUGUUCCUAUAAUUGUAGCCGACCAUUGUGAUCGCGGUCUCCCAACUGCUUUUUUGCUUAGCUUCAGGACGCACAGAAUAGAUGAGUGGAGCGCGCAGCACAGAAAAGGAGCAGUCAUGAACACAUCCAUGAUGUGUGAACGAUGGCAUAAACACUUGAAGAGAGAAGUUUUCCGCUCGAAGAGUAAAAUACGCAUCGAUGAGUUGGUCGACUCUCUUAUCGAAGUGGUUAAGGAAAUGGAGGAAGAUUCUGUUGUUAUAGAGCGCAGAGGGCUCAUAGAAGGCCGAUAUCGUCUCAAAAAUCAUCUUUUGAGCCACAGCAAAGCGGUUAGCUAUUACCACGAAUCAAGAGACCUAAUCGAUGUAGUUCAGCCAGGUGUAUGGAAAAUUCGUGCUAAGAAAUCAGACAAGUUAUACAUGGUGGAGCAGGAACGUUGUCCGUGUGAAAAGGUGACCAAUCAUUGUAAUAAGCCAGGUUGCUCUGUUUGCCCAUAUUCGUUUUUUUGCGAGUGUAAUGACGAUCGUAGAGCUGGAAUCUCCUGUAUGCAAUAUUCACGCAGUUGCCUUGAAUAUGCUGGCCUACAUUUGAAGCUGAGGCGCAUCGCAGCUAAACCAACCAGAGAAGCUGAGCAAUGUUUGAACGAUGCCCUAGCUGCUAUGAAGCGGUCGCACACAACCUUGAAAAGCAAGCUUUCUACAUUGGCUCCUCCGACAAGGAAUGAGCCCAUUAUCGCAACACGCCCGGAACUUCCCUCGUGCGGACCUGUACCAGCCGAUGCACAGCCGAUUCGACUAAAAACUACCUCAUCCAUCAACAAAGCUAAGCGGAAGCCAAGUCUUGCUGUACCCAAGGAGUUCGCCUCAGAAGAUGUUAGAGUGUGCGGAUUUUGUUUCCAAGAGAAUCCGUUUAAUGAUGAUUGUGAUAUUGUUUACUGGCUGAAAUGUUCCUCCUGUAACACUUGGGGGCACAUGGGCAACUGCACUGUAGUGAGUGCUAAAUGUACUGUUUGCACUAAGGGAACAAUGGAAUUCAGUGAGCAAUAG